UUAGAGAUUUACUAAUGAAUUAUUAAAUAGUAAUUUCCAUUUAUUUAUUUUUUCACAUCUCUUCUUCCAGGGGGCUUAUUUCUUAUUUCCCAUUCUGUUGUCUGAAUAAUAGGAGGAAGGUGGCCUUCACGUACACUACCAGCUAAUAUAAUGAAGCAUGAUGAAUUUCUUUUUCUUUUAUUUAUAAUUUUUUUUGCCAAAGCAUGAUAGUAGUUGACAUGCAACUUAGUAGUCCCCACGUCAAAUCUAUAGUUCAAAAACCUCUAUAAAUAGCAACCUUUCCAAAUAGUUCAACUCAUCCUGUGAUUUUUGCUCUUUAGUCUCCAAUAAUCUCCAAACUCCUCCCCAAGACUAUGGCAAUCAAUCAGCUCACAGUAGCCAUCUGCUCUCUCCUGCUGCUCCCAUUUGCCUUCCCUUCAAUAUCUGCAUAUGAAAGUACUCCAGCCAAACCGGCAGAGAAGAAAGUUGAUGUGGUUGUUGAAGGUAUGGUAUACUGCCAGAGCUGUGACCACUAUGGCUCAUGGUCUUUCAAGGGGGCUGAGCCAAUCCCUUCUGCUAAAGUUAGUGUCAUUUGCAAAAACCACAUGAAACAAGUGAGCUAUUACAAGGCUUAUGAAACUAAUGAAUAUGGCUACUUCUAUGCACAACUUGAUGACUUCAAGAUGGAUAAUAACAUUUUGGAUCAUCCCCUCCAAUCUUGCUAUGUGAAGCUUGUUUCAUCUCCUCUUGCAAAUUGCAGUCUCCUCUCCAAUGUUAACUAUGGAAUCUAUGGUGCAUCUCUUCGCUACAAAAACAAAAUACUGCGAGGGAGUCAUUAUGAGGCUGUGAUCUAUUCUGCAGGUCCCUUGGCUUUUCGUUCUGCUCAUUGCUCUCCUGAAACUCAUGUCUAAUAUGAUCGUAAUUUCUUGUGUUUGUCCCUUCUUUUAUCUUCAUUUGAUUUAUUUUGUUUUCUUUUUGUUGGUCUUUGGCUUUGUUUUGUUUCUCGAAAGAGUUGAAUUUUGUUGCAAUGGAAUGUCAUAUACCGUUAAUUUUCCCUCUCUUUCUUGUGUUUUCUUACUUUCUUUGGUAAUAUGAGAAGCAUAAGGCCCAAUUUUAACUAA